GCUGCGUUCAGCACCAUGGAGAGCGGCGUGGUGCACAUCUACAAAGACGACCGGUGUCCCUCGGGUCAGCCGGAGGAGUGUUUCCCAAACCUCACCUGGCAACCCGGCUCGUCGGACAUCUUCAACUACACACCCAACGGCACCUGGGACGCUGAACCCGAGCCCAUGUCGCCCAUCAUCCCCAUCAUAGUGGCGGUGUACUCCGUGGUGUUUGUGGUGGGCUUGGCCGGCAAUUGUUUGGUGAUGUAUGUCAUCAUUAGAUACACCAAAAUGAAAACCGCCACCAACAUCUACAUCUUCAACCUGGCCGUGGCCGACGCCCUGGUCACCACCACCAUGCCCUUCCAGAGCACCGACUACCUGCUCAGCUCCUGGCCGUUCGGCGAGGUGGCGUGCAAAGUCUUCAUCUCCAUCGAUUACUACAACAUGUUUACCAGCAUCUUCACCUUGACCAUGAUGAGCGUGGACCGAUAUGUGGCCGUGUGCCAUCCGGUCAAGGCCCUGGAUUUCCGCACACCCGUCAAGGCCAAGAUCAUCAACGUGAUCAUCUGGGUGCUGUCGUCUGCGGCUGGGAUCCCCGCCAUGGUGCUUGGCGGCACAAAGAGCAAUAACGGGACGACAGAGUGCGCCCUACAGUUCCCUGAACCCUACAGCUACUGGGACACCCUGAUGAAGAUCUGCGUCUUCAUCUUUGCCUUCGUGGCGCCCGUCAUCAUCAUCACCGUCUGCUACACGCUGAUGGUCAUGCGGCUGAAGAGCGUGCGCCUGCUGUCAGGCUCACGCGAGAAGGACCGCAACCUGCGCCGGAUCACCCGUCUGGUUCUGGUGGUGGUCGCCGUAUUCGUGGUGUGCUGGACGCCCAUCCACAUCUUCAUCUUGGUCAAGGCGCUGUGUGGCAACGUGCCUGAGACCACCGCUGUCAUGGCUGCCUAUUUCUUCUGUGUGGCGUUGGGCUACACCAACAGCAGCCUCAACCCCAUCCUCUACGGCUUCUUGGAUGAGAACUUCAAGAGGUGUUUCAGGGACUUCUGCUGCCCUGGUGGCGCCCAGGGACAGAGAGGCUGUCGUGGGGCGAGCCAGGUGAGGAGCACCCUGCGGGACCAUUCAUGUCCCACAGAAAACCGGGGAGAUAUGAGGCAAGCCAGACCUGUAUGACUAGCCAUGGACACGUCCUCUAUGCCCUACCAGGGCUGGGAGGACUCCAAUGACCUGGGAUUGACUCAAGUCACCACUGCCAUCUGAGGGGAAAAGAGGGCUUGUUAUUAUUUAUUUAUUCAACAUGGGGACAAUCUGGUUAUAUUUUGAAUUUUCUUAUUGUCAACAAAUCCCUCGAAAAAUCAUCUAAGAAUUGAUUGCCGGUGU